CCCCCUUUUUCCCCCACUUUUCCCACGGAUUUCUCCACCCUGUUCCCAUUAUUUUUUUCCCAUUUUUUCUCCCUUUUUUCCCACUUUUCCUGUGUGCCAGGGCUGUCCUUCCACCCCAAGAGGCCCUGGAUCCUGACCAGCCUGCACAACGGGGUGAUCCAGCUCUGGGACUAUCGCAUGUGCACCCUCAUCGACAAGUUCGACGAGCACGACGGUGGAAUUCCCAGCAUGGAUAUUCCCAAAAUAAUUCUGGGAUUUGUGGGAUUUCAGGUGUGGAAUUACAAACUGAGGCGCUGCCUCUUCACUCUGCUGGGACACCUGGAUUACAUCAGGACAACCUUCUUCCACCACGAGUAUCCCUGGAUCCUGAGUGCUUCUGAUGACCAAACCAUCCGAGUGUGGAACUGGCAGUCCCGGACCUGUGUCUGCGUGCUGACAGGACACAACCACUACGUGAUGUGUGCCCAGUUCCACCCUGCCGAGGACCUGGUGGUGUCGGCCAGCCUGGACCAGACUGUCAGGGUGUGGGACAUCUCUGGGCUCAGGAAGAAGAACCUCUCCCCUGGGGCCGUGGAGUCGGACGUGCGCGGCAUCACCGGCGUGGAUCUGUUCGGCACCACCGACGCCGUGGUCAAACACGUCCUGGAGGGCCAUGACCGGGGGGUGAACUGGAUCUUCCACCCCCAUUCCCAAUCCAAGGCCUGGAAGUUGAACACAUGCCGGGCUGGUUUUCCCAUUUAUCCAGUAGAUUUUUCCCAUUUCCUUGUGCUUUUUCCCCAUUCCCCCGGGGUUUCUCCCCAUUUCUCUGUGUUUUUCUCCCCAUUCCCCUGCUGUUUUUCCCCAUCCCAUUAUUUUAUUUCCCCAUUUCCCCCAGAAUCCAAGGCCUGGGAGGUGGACACCUGCCGUGGGCACUACAACAACGUUUCCUGCGCCGUGUUCCACCCGCGCCAGGAGCUGAUCCUCAGCAACUCUGAGGACAAGAGCAUCAGGGUGUGGGACAUGUCCAAGCGCACCGGAGUCCAAACGUUCCGGCGCGACCACGACCGGUUCUGGGUGCUGGCAGCACAUCCCAACCUCAACCUCUUCGCUGCUGGCCACGAUGGAGGGAUGUUGGUGUUCAAGCUGGAGCGGGAGCGGCCGGCGCUGGCCGUGCACGGGAACUCGCUGUUCUACGUCAAGGAUCGCUUCCUGCGGCAGCUCGACUUCAGCAGCUCCCGGGAUGUGGCCGUCAUGCAGCUCCGCAGUGGUUCCAAGUUCCCGGUGUUCAGCAUGUCCUACAACCCUGCUGAGAACGCCGUGCUGCUCUGCACCGUGAGUCCUCAAAUCCCAAAAUCCCCAAAUCCCAAAAUCCCUAAAAUCCCAAAUCCCAAAAUCCCCAAUGCUCCGGAAGGGAAGCGCUCCUCGGGGCUCACGGCCGUGUGGGUGGCGCGGAACCGAUUCGCCGUCCUGGACAGGAUGCACUCGAUCCUGAUCAAGAACCUGAAGAACGAGAUCACCAAGAAGGUUCCGGUUCCCAACUGCGACGAGAUUUUCUACGCGGGCACCGGGAACCUCCUGCUGCGCGACGCCGACGCCGUGACGCUCUUCGACGUGCAGCAGAAACGGACUUUGGCCUCGGUGAAGAUCUCCAAGGUGAAGUACGUGAUCUGGUCUGCUGACAUGUCCCACGUGGCGCUGCUGGCCAAGCACGCCAUCCUGAUCUGUAACCGGAAGCUGGAGUCGCUGUGCCAGAUCCACGAGAACAUUCGGGUCAAGAGCGGCGCCUGGGACGAGAGCGGCGUCUUCAUCUACACCACGUCCAACCACAUCAAAUACGCCGUCACCUCGGGGGAUCACGGCAUCAUCCGCACCCUGGACCUGCCCAUCUACGUGACGCGGGUCAAGGGGAACAACGUUUACUGCCUGGACCGGGAGUGCCGGCCCCGCGUGCUCACCAUCGACCCCACCGAGUUCCGCUUCAAACUGGCGCUCAUCAACAGGAAAUACGACGAGGUGCUGCACAUGGUGAGGAACGCCAAGCUGGUGGGGCAGUCCAUCAUCGCCUACCUGCAGCGCAAGGGGUACCCCGAGGUGGCGCUGCACUUCGUCAAGGACGAGAAAACGCGCUUCAGCCUGGCCCUGGAGUGCGGCAACAUCGAGAUCGCCCUGGAAGCAGCCAAGGCACUGGACGACAAGGGCUGCUGGGAGAAGCUGGGCGAGGUGGCGCUGCUGCAGGGGAACCACCAGGUGGUGGAGAUGUGCUACCAGCGCACCAAGAACUUCGACCGCCUCUCCUUCCUCUACCUCAUCACCGGCAACCUGGAGAAGCUCCGCAAGAUGAUGAAGAUCGCGGAGAUCCGGAAGGACAUGAGCGGGCACUACCAGAACGCGCUGUACCUGGGCGACGUGGCCGAGAGGGUGCGGAUCCUGCGGAACUGCGGCCAGAAGUCCCUGGCGUUCCUGACGGCCGCCACGCACGGGCUGGAUGAGGAGGCCGAGAGCCUGCGGGAAUCCUUCGAUCCCGAGAAAGAGACGAUCCCGGCCGUGGAUCCCGAGGCGCGGCUGCUGCAGCCCCCGGCCCCGGUGCUGCCCCUGGACACCAACUGGCCCCUCCUGACCGUGUCCAAAGGAUUCUUCGAGGGCUCCAUCGCUGGGAAAGGGAAAGGAGGAGCCCUGGCCGCCGACAUCGACAUGGACACCGUGGGCACCGAGGGCUGGGGCGAGGACGCCGAGCUGCAGCUGGAUGAAGACGGAUUCGUGGAUGCUGGGGAAGGAUUCGGAGAGGAAGGAACGGGAAAAGGGCAGGAGGAAGGAGGAGGAUGGGAAGUGGAAGAAGAUUUGGAUCUUCCCCCCGAGCUGGAUGUCCCUGCUGGCCCUGCAGGAGCGGCUGAGGACGGAUUCUUCGUGCCCCCCACCAAAGGCACCAGCCCAGCCCAGGUGUGGUGCAACAACUCCCAGCUGCCCGUGGAUCACAUCCUGGCAGGAUCCUUCGAGACAGCCAUGAGGCUGCUCCAUGACCAGGUGGGAGUGACCAACUUUGGCCCCUACAAGCAGCUCUUCAUGCAGACCUUUUCCCGAGGCCGGACGACAUUCCAGGCUCUUCCCAGCCUCCCUGCCAUGUAUGGAUUCCCACACCGCAACUGGAAGGAGGCCGGGCUGAAGAACGCGCUGCCGGCCGUGGGGCUGAAGCUGAACGAUCUGAUCCAGCGGCUGCAGCUCUGCUACCAGCUGACCACGGCCGGGAAAUUCGAGGAGGCCGUGGAGAAAUUCCGGCUGAUCCUGCUCAGCGUGCCCCUGCUGGUGGUGGACAACAAGCAGGAGAUCGCCGAGGCACAGCAGCUGGUCGCCAUUUGCCGGGAAUACAUCGUGGGAUUGUCCAUGGAGAUCGAGAGGAAGAAGCUGCCCAAGGAGACACUGGAGCAGCAGAAGAGGAUCUGUGAGAUGGCCGCCUACUUCACACACUCCAACCUGCAGCCCGUGCACAUGAUCCUGGUGCUCCGCACCGCCCUCAACCUCUUCUUCAAACUCAAGAACUUCAAAAGCGCCGCCACCUUCGCCCGGCGCCUGCUCGAGCUUGGCCCCAAACCCGAGGUGGCCCAGCAGACGCGGAAGAUCCUGACGGCGUGCGAGAAGAACCCGGUGGACAGCCAGCAGCUCAACUACGACCAGCACAACCCCUUCGACAUCUGCGCCGCCUCCUUCCGCCCCAUCUACCGCGGCAAGGCCCUGGAGCGCUGCCCCCUCAGCGGCGCCUGCUACAGCCCCGAGUUCCGCGGCCAGAUCUGCCGCGUCACCACGGUGACGGAGAUCGGCAAGGACGUGCUGGGGCUGCGCAUCAGCCCCCUGCAGUUCCGUUAGCAAUUCUGGCUCAGCAAUUCCCCUCCCCCAUCCCAGCUUGCACCCCAAUCCCUCCUUUGCCCAUUCCCAUCUUCUCUUCCCAGAUUUUCCCCACCCUGGAUUGAAGUUUUUCCCCCCCACAUUUAGCAGGAUUUUUUUUUUUUUCUUGUUCCCAGACCGGUUUUCCUGUGCUUUUUAUCCAGAGGGGGAAGGGUGGCUCUUCCCAAAUCCUGGAAUUCCUCUGCUCCUCUUAAAAUCCCAAAAAAAAACUGCUUGGAAAAGCUGGGGCUGGCUCUGUAAAUCCUGAAUCCAGGGAAAUCCUGCUCCCUCCCUGUUCACUGACUCCUUGUAAUGAGCUCCCCUCGUUAAUAAAAGCUCGUUAAUCA